AUGACUUUAGCACAAGUAAAGGAAGAAGAACACAGACUCGUGAACCUGGACAUUAUGGCCCGAAGAACUCAACGGACCAACCCACCCGAGGAUGUGACCGAUCACCAUUUCUUACAAUUUCCGCAAACUCUGAACGAUGCAACCCGGGCACGAUAUGUCGCCAAUUUGAGCUUGCUUCUCACCAAGGAGAUCGAUAUAGCACCAUCAUUCGACUGGGAAUUGGCUACCCGGACUGGACUUGCUGCAUUGAUCCAGGAAUUUUUGCAAUACACGCACUCGGACGCGAGUGUUUCCUAUGAUCCUAGGAAGGCACCCGAUGACAGGACAUCCUUUGCCUUUAGACUAGGGGGAGUGAGCCGGGAAUGCAGCGUGAUAGAGCUUGCGACUCGAGUGGGUAUUUACACAGCCGAUGAGACGAGGAGUGUCCACUUCCCGACAUUCCUUACUGAUUGUCUUACGGAGCGGCCAGAUGACUAUAACGAGAACACUUUUUGGGCCGAUAUUACAGGGGCAGUUUAUACACCAUCUACCGCAUGA